ACUUUUAGGCUUUGUUCACAAUUUUAUACACACUCAGCCAAAUUGUGAUGACGUCAUCUUUCGUCGCUAAUUCGGUAUAUUGAAUUGUUUUAGAGUAGACUAGAGUAGUUGAUGUUCAUUAGAAAAGAGUAAUUUUUUAAUCACAUUGUCAUCGUCAUUUGUUUUAUUAUAUUUUAAUAUUAAAAAAUUAUAAUACUUGAAUAUAGUUGAAUGUAGCAACACUCAGAAUCAUGCCUUGACUAUCGAAAAAGCGACGAGUGGCAUUGCCACCUAAGAUGGGUCAGAAUCGACAAUACCUUGCAGAUAAUUUUAGUGAUUUACCCGAGGACCCGAAAGAUUUAAAGAAUGGUCACAUGCUGCUGCUUUACAUCACAAGUGACAAGUCCCCAGCAAGAACAGUAAAGGCAAUCAUGGAAAAGUACACUUGCAAUAUCACUCCAUCCAAGGUAUUCUCUUAGGAAUUUUGCAAAGAAGUUCGCAGACAGUACCUCAGAGUUCAUCAAGAGAAAAUAUGCAACCUUUUGUUGUGAAAGAUUCAUACUUCAUCCACCAAAAGUGCAAGCUAGUGAUUCACCUGGACUUUCAGCUUCUAUUUCUCGGGCAUCAGAAUUAGCAGUGCCUAAGACGCCAACAAAAGUACAGUCACCCAAGAAGUCAGGAACCAGGCAGUCACCCAAGAAGCCAGGAACCAGAGAGUCACCCAUGAAGCCAAGAACAACGCAGUCACCCAAGAAGCCAGAAACCAUGCAUUCACCUAAGAUGUCGGGAACAACGCAGUCACCCAAGAAGGCAGAUGCAAUAAAGUCAGCCAAUAUGUCAGGUGCCACGCAAUCAGCUAAAAUGCCAGGUGCCAUGCAGUCACCAAAGAGGCAAGGAAAUAGGCAGUCACCCAAGACGAAAGGAACCAGGCAGUCACGCUUGAAGACGUCAGGAACAAAGCAGUCACCCACGAAGACAUCGGGAACAAAGCAGUCAUCCAAGAAUCUGGGAUCGACUGUUUGCUUGUCCAAAUGCGAGCCUAUAACUCCAAGAAAGCAAAGGCUCAAGAAGAGAUUUGUUGCACAUGCAAGGAAUGUGAUGAAGCAAAAAUACAAAAGGAAGGUAGAAGAGCUACAGUCCCAUGUUGACUUUCAAUGAGUACACCAAAUUAAAUACCUGAAGCAGGACAUCAACCGCAAAAAGAUUGUCACUACAAAACAGAAGGCUAAAAUAAAGCUGCUGAAUUCAAAUACUGCAAAUAAAGAGGAACUCAAUAAACUGAAAAAGAAAAUAAAAAAUGAAUGGAAAAAACACAAACGUACAGUGAAAAUCCUAUCUAAGUCUGCUGUGACAGAUUCAGAAUCAACUGAUUAUGAAAUUCAACUGAAGGAGCAACUAAAGGUGAAGAACAAAGCAAUUCAAAAAUUGGAAAAUGAAAAUUUGUUUGAAGGAAAGUGUUGAUACCUUACAGUCUAGCAAAUCAAAAUUUCCGAAGCAGAAGAAGACAUACUCCAUGGACACAAGGAUGCUCGUGUAUGACUGCAUUGUAAAUAAUGUGCCAACAAAAAAUGUGCCUGUGUUAAUAAGGCAGUUUGCAAUGAGGUCUGAUACUGUUAUAAAUCAGGUUCCUCAUUGAAACACUGUAGAAUUUAUGGCAAGAGAACUUGGUGUAGUUUCAGAUUUCAUGGCUGCAGAACUUCUUCUGGACGAAAAAAAGAAUUGAUGCUGGUCUUUGAUGCCACUACACAAGAGGGAUUGCAUGUCAACAGCAUCCAUAUAACAAGCACAGAUAAGUGCUAUGUCCUUGGAGUCGAGCAGUUGCCUAGUGGAACAGCAGAAGUAUAUGAUCUUCACAUCAGUGAGACCUUAGAUUGUUUAACAGACGUGUAUUGCCAAUACUACUCCACGGAUUUUGCAGCAACUCGACAGCGAAUCAUAAGUAAUAUUUCAAAUACUAUGACUGACUGCGCCAGUGUCAAUCAUGCAACCAUGCAACGACUGGAAUUAAGCUGGCGAAAAAACCUGAACGAACUAAAUUGUCAUCUCCACCCACUGGACACCAUUGCUAGUUUUGUUCGGACAGCACUCAAAGCCCACGAACCCCAUGGUCUUGUCAAGAAGCUCGCAUCAGCUCAUUCUUGCUUUUAAUAAGUUCCGGUAUAAAGAUGGACGGGGUGACCCGAAAGGGUUAACAAGUGCCUUAGAGAG